AUGUCAGAAAUAACUGCUGAUCAUAACAAAUACAUACAGCGUUGUUUGGAACUUGCUGUUUUGGGUAAAGGCUUUGUAAGUCCGAAUCCAAUGGUAGGAUCAGUUAUUGUCCAUCUUAAUCAAAUUAUUGGUGAAGGAUAUCAUCAACGGUACGGGGAAGCACAUGCUGAAGUCAAUGCUGUCGAUGACGUUAUUCAAAAUUGUAAUAAUGAUGCGAUAAUGGCCGCAGAACUUUUCAAACAAUCGACAAUUUACGUUUCAUUGGAGCCUUGUGCACAUUUUGGUAACACGCCACCCUGUGCCGAUUUGCUUAUCAAGCAUAAAAUUCCAAAAGUGGUCAUUGGUUGUCGUGAUCCCUUUGAAUUAGUCAAUGGUAAAGGUAUUGAAAAACUUGUCAAUGCGGGUAUUGAAGUUAUUAUUGGUAUUCUACAAGACAAAUGUUUGGAGUUGAAGAAACGAUUUUUUACUCGUGUUCAAAAACAACGACCAUACAUUAUUUUGAAAUGGGCUCAAACUAAAGAUGAAUAUUUUGCCCCAUUAUCAGAUGAAAGACGUCAAUUUUGGAUUACAUGUGAGGAAUCACGCAAAUUGGUACAUCAGUGGCGAAGUGAAGAAGAUACAGCAGUGUCCAAGGACUGA